ACGACGCCAUUGCUGUAGAGUGCUUCCGUAAGCCGAUUACCCUUUUGCCCCCCGAAACCACGCCCAAAGUACUCCACGUACUGUGUACAGAAGAGUAGUACUUAUUCACGAGGGUUAUAUUCUAUCCGUAGUCUGGCUGUGCCGUUCGAACGACGUUUGCUUGCACCAUGGAACGAAGGGGAUGGGGACGACGCAAUGAGACUGAAGCAUGAAAUUAGACAGGUGGAAGCGCCGCAUUCUCUGAUUCUAAGUAAUAACUCAACUCAGGACUUUGGGGAAUUGCUACUAAAAACCAACGAUCGAGUUUCGCCUGAAACUUUAAGCCACAGAUUGCAAAAAGGAUGGCAACAUCUUCAAGAGAAUUCCGACCCCGUUCUCAACAACAACAACAACAACAGUCCUGUGGAUUUGAACGACAACAACAAUCUCGAUGACGACAUCGUGACUUCGUCGGCGGAUAAAGAUUUGUUUGUGGAUGGCGAUUAUCGGGCCAUGUCUUCCGACGAUAGCGACUCCAGUUCGGAAGACGAGAGCAGCGCCAGCUACAGUGACACGAGCCCACUGCUGGACGUGAGCAGUCUGGGGAACAGCGAUGUCAGCCUCGACUCCGACAUGUCCGAAGACAGCAGCAGUAGCAGCAGCAGCAGCUCAGAAGGCAGCAUGUUGGAGGACUGCAACAACAUCAACAACAACAACGGAGACGACGAAGAGGAAGACAUGCCCAGCAUGGAAGUUCCCUCCAUGCAGUCUUCGUGGAUGUCGUUUUCGUCUGCUUCCUCGUCACCAGCAGGUCCUUCGAGAGGACAGGUGGUUCUUCCUGAUGUCUUGCCUGUAGGUAAGGUGUCCGGAAACGAUGACGAUGAGCCCAUGAUGUGUGAUAAUGGUCCAUCUGCUCCUCUCGUAGCCACUCAAAACCUGGAGAUCACGUUCCAGAAAAGGCGAUCCGUUCAAGAGUCUGGAGCGUCGAGGGUUGCGGGAGAUUCUUGCCUCGUUGAAAUCACGACGCAGCCAGACAUUCAAGUUGACAUUCGCGUCAAUCCUGUAUCGUCUAGGUUAUAUCGUGAGUCCAAGCCCAUAUCUAUCAAGCAUGGAAAUACGUACCCACGGGAAACCAAGAACAACAAAAGGUAUCUGAGGAACAGAGAUGCCAGCUCGUGGAUAGUCAAUGACUCUUUUGAAGAUAAUAACGAUGAAAGUGCCUCAAAGUACUACACUUUGGGUGAUGGAAUACGACUCAAUAAUUUUACUAUUGUAAAUGGGCAUAAGACCCUGAGCCUCACAGAACUUGUAAAACCGAACUCGAAUGAAGAAAAUGAAUACAUUUCUCAAUUUGAUACAGAAAACAGGACUUCCCAAGAAAAUGCCAGAUUAACCAAAUUAAACAAUUCUACUCAUUUGAAAAAUACCUAUCAAAAUUUCGAGAGGAAUUAUUCCAAAUUGCCCGCCAACGUUCAUAUGUGCUGUAAGGAUAACUGGAGAUUUCAAAAAGACGCUGGAAGUACUAGUCUUAAAUCGAAAUCUUCAGCUACUGAGAAAGACGAAGUUAAAAAGUGCAAUUCCAUUUUUUCUAAAACAGAUGUUGAAACUUAUGCUCCGAGAACCAAUUCUCAAAAACCAAGAAAUAUUCAUAAAGAUAUAAGCAUAGAAAAACCUAGACAAAGCAUAAAUUCUCGUGUAUCAAGUGUGGACGGUAAUUCAAAUAAACUCAUGCACCCUACGGAAAACUUGCCACCCAAAAACAAAGAAAUCAGCAGGAAGGAUAUUCCUAAUUACAGUUCGAAAUCGAAAACAAGUGACAGUAAAUUAUCAUCACCGGAACUUUUUGAAGUGUACACGAUGGAAACGGCGCUUCCGCAUGUCAGCUGGUCAUCAUACAGUAAAUCUGGUAGAGAGAGCGAGUGGAUUAAAAAGAGGAGGAACGACAGAGAAGAAAUUCGAAGAAAAUUGGCAAUGGACUCUGACACAGAAGAUUACAUUUCUGAAAAACUCAAUCAGCACAGGGAGAAUGGCAGUAACUUUGAUCGCUUAAAAGGAAGUGGAAAUCUUCAAAUUUGUUUUAUGAAUGAAGCUGCCAAAGAUCAGGACUUGGUUAAUCCUGCAGAAGAAGAAUUGACCAAGAAAGAUGCAUCAAAGGCACUUCCCCCAAGAGCUCAAAAACUUUCACUACCAUUGUCUUCUGCAACAAUAUGUGAAAAGCCAAGUACUAUGAAAGCACAGAAUAACAACAAUCGCCCUGUUUUCGUGACAAAAAGGCAAAGGCCAAAGUUUUUCUUCAACCGCCCUCGUAGUUGGCAUGCUGCGAAAGCUGAAGAAAAUCCUUUCCCAGAGGAAGAUCUCUUAGCUAGGCAUGUGCGAUUGCAAGCUGAAGCUCGGGAGGCCCUUGCCCAGGCUAAGGACAUGGCAAGAAUGCAGAUGGAAAUUGAAAGACAGAAGAAAAAGAAAAGUCCCAUUGCUGACAUAGUUGGUCUUCCUUUUCCAGAUGGGAAAAAUCUGCUUUCUUACAAUGCAUUGCUUGCAAUGAAUGUUGCCCAACUACAAGUCAUUGUUAAUGAUUUACAUUCCCAAAUUGAGACUUUGAAUGAAGAUUUAGUCAAAUUUUUACUUGAAAGAGAUGAUUUGCAUAUGGAGCAGGACUCGAUGCUUGUUGACAUAGAGGACUUAACAAGAUAUUUAGGUUUGAAAGGAAGUGCUGGUGUCAGUUCCUCAGGUUCUCAAAUCUCUGUCAGUAGCAACAGUUCCGAUAGUAAGAAGGAUCCAAAAAUUGAGUCAGUAAGGAGGUCACAGAGUGUUCACUUAAAAUCCAAGAAUCUCAUGUAGCCUCUGCACCAGCUCACACUCUUCGGCAAUGGAUACAAUAGGAGACGAAAUCGCCAACGUGUUGAAAGCAACUGAUGAUUACAGUGAAACACUACAUCAAUUGAGAAACUGUUUAAAGUGACAUUUUAAAGUGGUUUUGUACAGAAAAGGUGAUAUCACCCAUGCACUCUGAAACAUGCAUUUUAUAAGCAGCAUUUGAAAGAAAGUACGAUUAUUUCAACUAUCAUCUUGUUUGUGUAUGCAAGUUUUCGCUUAAAUUGUUAUAAAUUUGUGCAGUUCGAUUUCAAACAAUUUUAAUACCUUCGUGUGUAAGAGAUGAAUCACAAUGUGUUUAAAUGAUUAACUCUACAUUAUAUCUUAUCAGUGUUCAAUUUUUUAUUUUUUUAAGUUGUCAUUUCUAUUAAACAAGCACAUUCUAGUUAAGACCCAAUUUGAAAUAUUCCAUCAUAAAAUUUUCCCCUGUACUGAUUUGAUACACAUUCUAAAACUAAUAUUUCAAACUUAUGUUUCUGCUCUAAGUAUGUUGUAUGAAGACCCUAAAUUACAUUUUAUGAACUUUUAUGCCCGAAAUAAUUCAAGCAUUGUACAUAUUUUCUCUGAAUGUAAUAGCAUUUAGUAAUGAUAUCGAUGUGAAAUAUGUAAAAAAAGUUUUGAAAUGCAUUUCUAAAGACUGGAAAAUUCACCUACUUGUUAAGAUCUUGCAAAUAUUGUAGAAUUCAAACUAAAAUGUUUGAAAUGAUUUAAAGGUUUUGUAGAUAUUUUUUGUUGUAAUCCUUAAUACAGAAGUGUCAAGUGUUAGUGAGAUGUAAAUUUUAUUUAAUACCUAAUGUUUAAUAAAGUAAAAGUACUUAUAUGGA